AUGAAGCCAUCACGGACGCAGCUAACGUAUUGUGGCAUCAGCAUAAGCACUCUCGUGCUCUUAGAGCCACUCGGACAAGGAGAUAGUGUCGAAUGUGGCUCCCCCAAACGCUACAGCCCGACGACCCAAUGCGGGCCAAAGAUUUUCCGUCCUGACGCAUUUGCCGACAUGCUGUUUUCUGUCGCAGGCGGUAACGGAAAAUUUUCAUCUGCCUGUCGAGCACCUCAUCUCUCAUGUGGUGAAGAAUACAUGAUACAGUAUGGGAGCAACGCAGACAAGACUGAAUGGAGACAUGUUUACUGA